AUGACAUCAACAAAUCUACUUUCUAAAAAUAAUACACAAACCAUAUUUAAAUGUGAUAAACAUGCUGGACUAAUUUUGGAAAAACUCCAAACCUUCUAUGCAGAAAAUAUAUUCUUUGAUACUGUCCUAAUUGCUGGCAAAGAAACCAAUGAUCCUGUGAGCCUUCAAGCUCAUAGAAUUGUCCUCAGUGCAAUGAGUGAGUAUUUUUUGGAAAUAUUUCGAGAUGCUCAAACAGCUUUAUUGAAAAAUAUAUUAGAAUUCAAAGAAAUCGAAGCUCCAACAUUGAAAUCAAUAAUAGAUUUCAUUUACUCGGGUUGGAUUGAAUUAAGUCUUGAAAAUAUUGAAAGAAUUUUACGAGCUGCUUCUUUCUUAAAAAUGAAACUUCUAGUCGAUGGUUGUUUGGAUUUUAUUGAACAAAAUAUCAAUUCAAGCAAUUGUUUAGCUUGGCUGAGUGUAGCUAGAGAACUCAGUUUAUCUGGAUUGAAAGCAAAAUCCUUGGAAUGUACUUAUAAUCAUUUUGAGGAAUUAUCAAAAGACGAAGAGAUUCUAUUUCUUAGCGAAAAUGAAUUAAAGGAUCUAUUAUUCAAUGACAAUCCAUAUAAUGACUUUGAGGAGGAAGUCUUUUCGGCAUUGUUGUCAUGGAUCAAUUAUGAUAAGACAAUUCGCGAACAGUUAACCACUGAUCUCCUAUCAAUGGUUCGUUUUCAGCAUUUGUCGUCAAAGUUCAUAGCUGAAAACUUAUCGGUUUGUAACAAUGUUGAAAGCUUCCAACUUGUAUCCAAAUGGCUCCAAUGGCAUUUGUCACCAACAAAUCGAUCACCAUUAGAUCAGCAACAAAAUCAUGCUUUUAAGUCGAGAAGCAUUGCUCCUAAACUUGGAAACAUUCAAAUUUCAGAUUCAAAUGAAAUUGUCAUUCAAACUUAUAACCAAAAACACGACUCAUGGUCUAGCAAAAAACCAGCCAUUUUGUCGAGAAAUAAAAGACAUGUUUCAACAAUUGUAAUCGACAAUAAACUGAUUGUAGUUGGAGGAGCAGUCAAAGAUGACUUUGCAACAAAUAGCGUUGAAUGUUUAGACUUGCGAACCUUUGAAUGGAUCGAUUGCUCUCCGAUGAAUUACAAACGAUUCAUGUGCCAGCUGGCAGACUUGAAUGGAAGUUUAUGUAUAUUCGGUGGCAGAAAUAGAGGAAUGCUAGUGGAUUCUAUUGAAAUGUAUAAUUUUUCCACACAUCAAAUGAGUGAAUUGAAAUCUCCGACGUCGCCACCAACUAAAACUAGUCAAAUUACAUCAUAUAAUGGAAUAUUAUACGUUCUUGAUAUGUGUAAUGGUUGUUUGCAAUCCUAUGAUGUGUCUUCACAAGAAUGGACUUUUAUCAAAUUGGAACCACUCGCCCUUCGCAAUUUUGGAUUUGUAGCGUUGGAUGGAUUUUUGUACGUUAUUGGUGGACGAUUUAAACAAAAUGUUAAAUGCUAUAAUUUAAGUGAUGAUACAUGGGAUGAUGUUGCACCACUGUCAGAUGUUUACUGCGAUAUAAAUGCAAUAGUUUACCAGGAUAAAAUUAUAACUUGCUCGAAAAGAAUGGAUGAUAAAGUGGUUGUGGAAGAGUAUAAUCCAGAGACUGAUACAUGGAAAUAUUUUAAUUCUUUCCAGAUGGAUGGUUCUUAUUACAGUGCCGUUAUGUGUUCUUUAAAGUCUAAUUUUAAUUAA